AUGGACCAAGAGUUCAACGCGUUACUACAUAACAACACGUGGACGCUUGUUCCCGCCACUCCGGGGAUGAAUGUCGUAGGGUGUAAAUGGGUUUUUCGCACCAAGCGAAAAGCUGAUGGCACGGUGGAGCGAUACAAGGCCCGUCUAGUCGCCAAAGGCUACAACCAAGAAGCCGGCGAGGACUUCUUUGAGACGUUCAGCCCAGUAGUUAAACCAACUACGGUUCGGUUGCUGCUCGCUUUGGCAAUUUCUCAAGGAUGGACACUUAGACAAUUGGAUGUUCACAAUGCCUUCCUAAAUGGGCAUUUGGCUGAGACGGUCUACAUGCGGCAGCCACCGGGCUAUGAGGAUCCCGAUCAUCCCGAUCAUGUCUGUCACUUACAGCGUUCCCUGUAUGGGUUGAAACAGGCUCCCCGCGCCUGGUUCAAACGCUUGCAUGAUUUUUUAAUUCUGACAGGGUUUGUUGCUUCCAAAACAGAUGUUUCUCUGUUUCACUACUCUGCUGCUGGUGCUCAAGUCUUCCUACUUGUAUACGUGGACGACAUCAUCAUGCUUGGGAGCGACACAACCUUAGUUGACUCCGUGUUAGGGCAACUGGCGACGGCCUUCAAGAUACGAGAUCUAGGGCAACCUACAUUCUUUCUCGGCAUAGAGACCAUACCUAUCUCGGGCGGUAUGAUGCUUUCACAGCGACGUUAUAUGCGGGACAUUCUACAGCGAGCCGGCAUGACAGAUUGCAAGGCGCUGGCCACUCCUGCUUCCGUGACUCAGCCUGUGUGUCAGGCCACUGACUCUUUUGAUAAUCUGACGCAUUACCGUGGGGCCCUACAGUAUCUCACCAUUACUAGGCUGGAUCUUUCUUACUCUGUCAACCGCCUCUGUCAGUUCAUGCACUCACCCAUUGACGAGCACUGGGGGUUGCUCAAGCGAGUACUUCGUUAUAUUAAAGGAACCCUGGAAUAUGGUCUACGCAUUGCAGCUUCAGCGAAUUCGGACAUCCAUGCUUACUCCGAUUCAGAUUGGGCUGGCUGCCUUGUUGACCGCAAGUCUACUAGUGGGUAUGCAGUAUUCUUUGGUAAAAAUCUUGUGUCAUAG